AUGAUCAAUUUAGAAUAUAGGUAUAGAACUUGGUCAGAUCCAGCUAAAUGGGAAAUAAAUGAAUAUAUAAUUGAUUAUAUUUGUAAAAAUGGGUAUAGUCAAAAUUUAGAUUCAGGUUUCAGUCAAUCAAAAAGAAUUUAUCAGUCAGUUGUAGAGGUUCAUUUAGAAAUAUCAAUCGUUAUAGGUGACAAUGAAAAUAUUGGUUCACCGCACAAUGGUAACUUUAUGAUGUGUCUUAAAUUGAUUGCUGAGUUUGAUCCUUUUUUGGCCAAUCAUUUAUCAAAUUAUGUCGAAGAAGUCAUAAGUGCACAAUAUUUCUCUAUAAUUAUUGAUUCAACUCCAGAUAUUGCACACGUUGAUCAACUUUCUUUUAUAUUAAGAGGUCAGUCAUAUGACAACGCGAAAAAUAUGUCUGGUCUUUACUCAGGCCUCCAGGCUAGAAUUAAAGAAAUUUCCCCGUUAGCUGACUUUGUUCCUUGUUCAGCACACUCUUUGAAUUUAAAUAUUUAUACAUUUUUUGCUGCAUCUACUCAUCGUUGGAACUUACUUAAAGUAAAUUUAACCUUAAAAAGUCUCUCUGAUACAAGAUGGUCCGCACGAGAUGAUGCAUGUAAAGCUCUGAACCAAAAUUGGGAUAACAUUAAACAAAGUUUGUGUGACAUAUUAGAAAAUAUAAAUGAAAAACCUAAUACCCAUAAUGAAGCUCGUGGUUUGCUUAAAUUGAUGAACCGUUUUGAAGUUACCUUUAUGUCAUUAUUUUGGGAUGAUAUGUUUACACAUUAUGAAAAACUAGCCUUGAGAAUGUGUAAAAAUAAAUAUGAAACAAUUUAUAAACGUAUAAAAAGAAGGUCAAAAUAUCAUGAUGAAACAACUAAUGAUAAUGAAAUUAAUUUAGCCGGUAGCUUAGAAUUUAAAAUAUCAAUGUGUUCCUAA